CGGAAUAAAAACACUGGAAAAUGCCAAGACUAUAGAAAAAUCCAAGCUGGGAAAAUCCCGUUUUUUGUUGUUUUAAAGAGUUUUAAAAAGUGUAAUCACGUGUAUUAUAUGAUGCUAGACACUCAUUAUCAAUUAGCCGUUUUCUCAAAAUUUCAAUUAUGUAAAAGCUGUAUAUUCAAUCGAAAAUUUCAAUUAAUUUCUCUUUGGUUUUCUAAAUAUUUCUGGUUUUCUCAGAAUCUAAAUUCACCAAAAAUACGAAGAACAAGCAACAAUCAAUAAUCUAAAAAUGGUCGCCUUUGGAAAAAAGCUCAAGGAACGCAGCAUUGAAGAAUGGCAAGAAUAUUACAUCAAUUACAAAUUGAUGAAGAAGAAAGUGAAGCAAUAUGGUCCACAAAUCGAAGUAGGAAGUCUAGAUCGCCGUCAUGUUCUUAAAGAUUUCUCAAGGAUGUUGGAUCAUCAGAUUGAGAAAAUCGCUCUUUUCAUGUUGGAGCAACAAGGCUUGCUUUCAAGUAGGCUACAAAAGCUAAGGGAAUGGCAUGAUGCACUCCAAGAUGAGCCUGACUUAUCUGAGAUAUCUAAGCUAAGAGAGGCUUAUAGAUCCGUGGGACAAGAUCUUCUUAAGCUUCUGUUUUUCAUCGAUAUGAAUGCUAUUGGUAUCCGCAAGAUACUAAAGAAAUUCGAUAAAAGAUUCGGUUAUCGAUUCACAAACUAUUAUGUCAAGACUCGCGCUGAUCAUCCUUACUCUCAACUUCAACAAGUAUUUAGACAUGUGGGUCUUGGAGCUGUUGUUGGAGCCAUAUCGCGCAACCUUCAUGAGCUUCAAAACAAUGAAGGAAGCUACUUAUCCAUUUAUGAUCAGCCUGUUCUUCCUCUUCAGGAUCCUGUAGUGGAUUCGAUUAAGAAUGCAGUGGACAGGCUAACACAUUCAACAAACUUUCUUAAUUUCAUGGCUCAACAUGCUUUAAUCAUGCAAGACGAAGAUCUACUAAUGAUUCCUGCAGACGAGCAAGCGGAACAAGAAGAAGGAAGAUAUCACUUCAUGUCUCUAUUGUUAAACUUGGCCAACACGUUUCUUUAUAUGGUCAAUACAUAUAUCAUUGUUCCUACAGCUGAUGAUUACUCAAUGAGCCUUGGAGCAGCAGCAACGGUUUGCGGUGUUGUUAUUGGUGCUAUGGCUGUUGCUCAGCUCUUCUCUUCUGUUUACUUCAGUGCUUGGUCCAAUAAAUCUUACUUCAAACCGCUUAUAUUUAGUAGUAUUGUUCUUUUCUUUGGGAACUUGUUAUAUGCUUUGGCUUAUGACUUCAAUUCAUUAGCACUUCUCUUGAUUGGCCGGCUUUUCUGUGGAUUUGGUUCGGCGAGAGCAGUGAACCGGAGAUAUAUAAGCGAUUGUGUGCCGCUGAAAAUCCGAAUGCAGGCUUCAGCAGGUUUUGUUAGUGCAAGUGCUCUAGGAAUGGCGUGUGGUCCUGCUCUUGCUGGUUUGUUGCAAACAGAUUUCAAGAUAAAAAAUGUCACAUUUAACCAAGAUACAUUACCUGGUUGGGUUAUGGCUGUUGCUUGGCUAUUGUACUUAGUCUGGUUAGCUAUUUCGUUUCGAGAACCCGCACGCGAGCCUGAAGAGAUUCAUACUUCACAAGAGUCUACCUCUGCUGAUCAAGAUGGAAAUAUGGAGAAAGGUCUUAAAAAACCGCUGUUGCUUGCAUCAGAAGAAACAGAACAUGAUGAAGAAGAUGACGGGGAUGGAAGCGAAGAAUCUUCUGAUGAUUCCCGUAAACCCGCUAACUCCUUUGUAGCUGCUUACAAACUACUCACUCCUUCAGUGAAGGUUCAAUUGUUGAUAUACUUCAUGCUUAAGUAUGCAAUGGAGAUUCUACUAUCAGAAUCAAGUGUUGUUACCACAUACUACUUCGGUUGGUCCAUGAGUUCUGUUUCCAUCUUCUUGUUCUGUCUCGGGCUAACCGUUCUACCGGUUAACCUCGUUGUUGGAAGCUAUAUCAGCAACAUGUUUGAAGAUCGGCAAAUUCUGCUGGCGUCAGAGAUUAUGGUCUGUAUAGGAAUACUUCUCAGCUUCCAUGUAGUAAUCCCUUACACUGUGCCACAAUACGUUUUCUCAGGAUUCAUCAUGUUUGUUUCUGCUGAAGUUCUUGAAGGUGUGAACUUAUCGUUACUAUCGAGAGUGAUGUCGUCGAGGCUAUCACGCGGGACUUACAACGGAGGGUUACUAUCGACGGAAGCUGGCACGAUCGCACGUGUGAUAGCGGAUGCGACGAUCACUUUGGCUGGAUUUUUGGGACAGAGUAUGCUUUUGAAUGUUACUCUGCUUCCUUCUUUGGUCAUCUGUGUUGGGUCUAUCGUAGCUACUUGUUAUACUUAUAACUCCUUAUAUUAGUGCUUCUUUUACAGUUCAUAGAAAUUCAGCUUUUGAGAUUAUUAAGCUAACUUCUAGGUUCGAUUGUUUCUCUUUUCUUUUGACUUUUACUUUGAUCUCUUAGUGAAAGUUUUGUUUGCUCUAUGUUUGACCAUUAAUGACAAUUACUUUCGAUUUUCUUGGUUGUAGAACUUGUACUGUUUAUUGUUAUCCGUUUAAAGAUCUUAA